AUGCAAUUUAUCUCCCAAUUAAUCAUUUUGGCCAGUCUGGAAACUACUAUCAUUGUUGAAGAAUUGCUUAACCGUGGGGCAAACAAGGAACACAGAAAUAUCUCUGACUAUACUCCACUAAGUCUGGCUGCCUUUGGAGGUCACGUAGAAGUAAUUCAAUUGUUGCUUCAGCACCGCGCUGAAAUAAAUGCUCGUACGGGCUCAAAUUUGGGGAUCUCGCCACUCAUGCUAGCCAGCAUGAACGGCCACACAGCUGCCGUUCGCCUUCUUCUCGAGGCUGGUUCUGACAUUAACGCUCGGAUUGAGACAAAUCGCAAUACUGCAUUGACACUGGCCUGUUUCCAGGGCAAACAUGAAGUAGUCAGUCUUCUGGUGGAGCGUAAAGCCAAUAUUGAACAUCGGGCUAAAUCAGGCCUUACACCAUUAAUGGAGGCGGCCUCUGGUGAUUAUGUUGAGGUGGGAAAGAUUCUUUUGGAUCAUGGAGCAGAUGUAAAUGCGCCUCCGGUACCUAGUUCUCGUGACACAGCACUCACAAUCGCAUCCGAUAAAGGGAAUGCGAAAUUCGUCAAUUUGCUUUUGGAAAGAGGCGCAAUUGUUGAAGCAAGAAACAAAAAGGGCGCAACUCCUUUGUGGCUUGCUUGUAAUGGUGGCCACGUGGAGGUCGUAAAUAGUUUGAUUCACUAUGGUGCCGAUGUGAACAGCAUGGAUAACAGAAAGGUCAGUUGUCUGAUGGCCGCCUUCCGAAAAGGCCACGUUAAUGUGUGCUAUGUUCUCGUCAAGAAUGUCACCCAAUUUCCUUCCGACAAGGACUGUCUCAGACACAUAAAGACAAUCUCAACCGACAAGGUUGGUCCACUUGGCCUUGAUACCUUUCUUCGUUAA